UUUGUCUUGUUGCGUUGUAGCCUCAUCCAGAGCCAAAUCCAGCUCAUUUUGGAGUGUAAAUAAUGCGGAAAGCGACGCCAUGCUUCCAAAUAAAACCACUCAGAGAGGUAAACUUGACAAUAAUCCAAAACACUACUUUCAACAACACUCAGAAAAUAAUAUAACAAUAUUCACACAGUUGAUAUCUCUGUUUUGUUUUUUUUUCUACUACUACAUUGUUUUCUUCUUCUACUUCUUCCUGCCAUUUGAUAACGUUUGGUAACCCGUUGGUACAUUACCGCCACCAACUGGACAGGAGUAUGGUACCAGCAGAUAACACAACAAACAAAACCGAUUGGGGAUUAUUUUAAAAGAGCGCCUAGCAGUCAGAUAUCCUUUUAUCCCGUGCAUCGUUUGUUUAAUUAGUUGUAUUUUUCCACGGUGUUUAGUGUGAACGCAUGCCACAAAGAACGUGUCGAAAGUACGGAAGUGUUUCACGAGUUGUCUUUAAGACAUUCUCUGUCUCAGCGCGGCAAGAGUGCGAAAGUGCUACACUUAUUUUUCUAAGUUCUUAUCAGAAUAUUUGUUAUUUUUGAUAGUAAAUAUGCAUUUGCCGAUUCUGGGAUGUUAUCAAACGCGUUCCGCGUUUGUAUCGUAACCACAGGAACUGUGAGGAGGCCACUGGGACGAAGGAAACACUUGAAUUUUGCUAAAUGCGGCAGGAGGAGAAGGACGAGGACGGCGAAAAUGACAUUUGGGAGUAUAAACCUCUGGAGAAGACCAAGAAGAGACGACAGUCACCGAAUGGCGCUGGAAAUGUGCAGAAAAGAAGAUGUGCCGUGAGAAAAACACGCCAAACAAAGAGUGACACGCCAAACAAAACUGACAGUCAUGUGAACUCCUGCACAGGUCAAAGUUUAACAGAGAACAGCAGCAGCAGCAGCUCAGAGAGACAACUGUCAAAGUCUGCUGAUGACAAACCAACCAAAGAGGACCAAACAGCUGAGGGACUGUCCUCUGGAGACGAGUUCUGUCCCGUCUGUCAGAUGCCAUUUUCCAUUUUGCUGAUGCAGUGUCCAAGGUGGCAUGUUGCUGAAUGUCUUGACACCCCCAGAGAUAAAUGCAAAGAAUGUCCAGAUGGUCUCAAAUGCUCCUCCACCAUUCCAGGCCAUUAUAAGAAGUACAGCCACACACUGUUGGCCCACAGUCGCGCCGGCAGUGACCACCUGAGUCUGUCACAGCAGGCAGGACCCAGCGGGAUUAACAGCCUCAGUCAUGUCUCAGGACAGAACACUGAGCUCGACAGCUCAACUUUAGAGACAUCACAGGAGAGUGCUGCCAGUUUCUCUGAUCUGUCCAGUGGUAGCAGCAUCCAGGCUGAUACGCCUCCCUCUAAAUGUACCAAUAGCCUUCUGUUACUGCGCUCACCGUGUCCAGAGGAUUUGAAGAAAAAGAAAGGCUGGCUGCCUUCUAAAGGCCAAAGAUCCAUCCGUGCUUCUCAAGACAAUACAGCAGAACUAUCAUCAGCUACUGUGAAGGUAGAUAACAGACUACAAGCUUGUGAAAGUUUAGUCAGACGUGAAGUUUCUUCUGAUAGCAAUGAUGGAAGGUAUUCACCACUCUCUGAGUUCCCUGCACAGAUUGAUGUCAAUAGUUGUGGCACUAAAAGAACCCUUUUUUCUAAUGAUGCAUCUGAAAAUGAAGGUGAAGCCUCUAUGGUGUUGUUCAGUGAUGGCUUCUCAAGUGAAGAUGAGCUCUACGCCAAGUUUACUGAUGAUCCUGAGGCUGAUGAUGUGCCUGCACCCACCCAGCUGGAACUUGUUACCUCAUUAGCACCCACUAAUCAGCUGGCAGCAGUUGCUGGGAACAUGUCUGAAUCCACAGGUGAAGAAGAAGAGGAAGCAAAUGCUGAGUCUACAGUCGGUACAAACUUUCAGUUUCCUCAGAGUGUUGUUUUAGACCGUCUACGAGAAAUGAUUCGUAACUCAGAAAACUCACAUUUCGGAAACGUCAACGACAGCACGGUUUCUCAACAAGUGCCUUCUCAAGCUUCAAGUGUUCCAACAUCUCAAACUAUGGCCCCUCGUAAAAGACAGGGCAAGUCGGGUCAAACAUCCUCCCUCAAGCAAAUGGACAUUGGUGUGUUUUUUGGGGUAAAACUCCUCAAGGAGAAGCAGGCUGAAAGUGGACCACAGGAAGUCAAUGCUCCUUCAAGUUCAACAUUAGGUGAGAGCUCAGGCCAGAGACAAGGGAGACAAAGGAGAAACUGGCAAAGGGGAAGUAAGACUGAUACAACCGCAGAGACGUCAGAGGGAGCAGUGGGUGUUCGGGGAGGAACAUGGAGAAGAAGGUGGAACCGAGGGAGAACAGAUGGACAAACUCCACGUUGUCCAUUCUACAAGAAGAUUCCAGGAACAAAGUUUGUGAUAGACGCCUUUUGCUACGGCGAGAUUGAAGGUAUCACUGCCUACUUCCUAACGCACUUCCACUCAGACCACUAUGAUGGAUUGAAUAAGAACUCCACACUUCCAAUCUACUGUAACAAGAUCACAGGAAACUUGGUGAAGAGCAAACUGAAGGUGGCCGAGCAGUAUGUCCACAUCCUCCCCAUGAACACCCAGGUCACCGUGGAGGGAGUUAAGGUUACCCUCUUGGAUGCAAACCAUUGUCCUGGAGCUGCUAUGCUGCUGUUGGUCUUGUCUGAUGGACAGACGGUGCUUCACACUGGGGAUUUCAGAGCAGAUCCCUCGAUGGAGACUUACCCCGAGUUACUCAGCUGCAGGGUGCAGACGCUUUACCUGGACACAACAUAUUGCAGCCCUGAGUACACAUUCCCCAAACAGCAGGAGGUCAUCAACUUUGCAGCCAAUACUGCAUUUGAGUUGGUGACACUCAACCCACGAACGCUUGUGGUGUGUGGAUCCUACUCUGUGGGAAAGGAGAAGGUCUUUUUAGCUCUUGCAGAUGUGCUGGGUUCUAAAGUAAGUCUUUCAAGAGACAAAUACAGCACCAUGUGCUGUCUGGAGUUGGAACAGGUGAGACAACGUAUGACCACUGACUGGAAGGCAGCUCAAGUCCAUGUGCUGCCCAUGAUGCAGAUCUCCUUCAAAAAACUGCAGGAUCACCUGGCGCGUUUUUCAGCUCAGUAUGACGAGCUGGUGGCGUUCAAACCUACAGGCUGGACUUUCAGCCAGCAGGUGGAGUCAGUGGAAGACAUUCGGCCUCAGAUCAGCGGCAACAUCUCCAUCUAUGGAAUCCCAUACAGUGAGCACAGCAGCUUUCUGGAAAUGAAGCAUUUUGUCCAGUGGCUGCAGCCCCUGAAGAUCAUCCCUACGGUCAACGGCAGCUGGGAGAACAGGAAGGCGAUGGCACAAUACUUCAGUGAGUGGCUCGCCGAAAUCCGAGCUAUGCGCUAACUUGUGUGACAUCCGGAAAGUGCAGUUGCUGCUGAUUGGUCAUGAAGUCAAAAAGUAACCGCCGUUAAGUGCUUCAACAGUGAGGAACUAAAUGAUUUUAAUGUUGCAGGUUGUUUGUUUUUAAGCAGAUCAGAUUGAACUUGUAAGCUUAUUACAGUUUAGAGGAAAUGUUCCAAUCGGUGCUGCAUUUCAACAGCCUGCACUGUGGAAAAAGGUUCAAGUUGUAGUCCGAGACUUUUUUUUUUUUUUGUAAGCCAAAGGACUUUCUUCUGCACCAUUAUUACUUCAUUUCUUAGUACACAAAUUAGGGGCUUAUGAUCAAAAUCUGCCUUGUCUGGAAACAACUUACAAUUUUUGAUCCUAUGUCUGUUAAAAUGCUGCAGUAAGAUGCCAUGAGACACACUAGGAUCCCCCAAAAUGCUGAAAAUUAUCUCCAAUUUUGCAGUUUUUAUGAAGACACGAAGACCUGCACUUUCAUGUAUGGAAUAUAAACACUGUGCUUUUAUCUGUCUCAGGCUUUAAGAUUAACCAAGGUUGCAUGGAUUAGAAAUAAGAUGAAACUCUGUGUCAAGUAUCGUAUGUUGGAACUGAUUCAGUUGAAUGCAUUUCCAUAGGUAUCACGGGCAUUUUUAUCCCUUUUAAUGUAUAUAAUUGCUGCCUUGCAAAUAACUCUUAAAUUCAGUCCUUUAAUAU